AUGGUGAAAUGGACAGAAAGGGAUAACAAUGACGGCUGGAAGCUAGAAUGGUAUACAGCCAUCAUCAAGAACUACACCAAGGUGCUGCAUGUUAUAGAAACUGAGUAUGUCAGUGAGCCAGGAAAGGUGUACAAAGUACAUGUCAAAGAUGGUGUGGAAAAAGGAACCCUACGUCUACAUGUCACUACAUGUGGGGUGGCGGACCUUUACGACCAAGUAAUUGAAAUUGGUACGUCUAUUUUGAUCAAAUGGAUGAAGGAGGAAGUUAAGGAGAGUGGCUUGAAGGCUGGCUGGUACGAAGCAGAAGUCCAGGCCUUUGAACCAAAUAUAGAUUAAAUAACUAUCAUUUACAAAAGAGAGCCAACAGUUGUCUGUACCAAAUGUGUCACUCAAAUAAUAUCCGACGGAAAAGUGAAGAAAACAAAAUGAUCAAACUGUUGACAUAUGCUCCAGAUUGGGCGACCUUCUUAGUUGCAAAACUCUUUAGUUACAUUACAUUUGUUUUCCAGUCAGGACUUUGAAAUUCAUAUAUCCACCAUUUCAUUACCCUUUGUCUUGAGAUGAUAGUUUUUUGUCGGAUUCAUUGUACUGUGUAUGUGCGAUUUAUACAAGUAAAGCCAAAAGCAUGGGCGUGUUAGAGGACUCUCUUUGGACAGUCACCUAUCCGUUUUUAGAGGCAGGCUUGACUUGAGAGUUUGAACCUUUUUUCCUUUGUUUUGUGGUUGCCUAACUGGCUCAACUCUGUAGUUUUGUCCAACUUUUGUAACCCCUCUCUUUUGUGUUCUGCCGAUCGGAGCUUCACUUUUGGGUUGGUCACCCCUCCCUUUUCUGACCCUGUCCAUCAGGUUUUAACUUUGUUUGGUUGCUUGUGUUUGAUUAUUUCAAGUACCAUGGCUCGCCCUGGUUUUCAUCGCACCGUCAGAAUUGAUGUUUCACGUAUUGCAGCUGACAUUACAUGGGUUGAAAGUUGUUUUUUGAUUGUAGAGCGUUUUCAGGGAACGACCAUCCCUGCAAUUCAAUUUGUGGGUACUUUAGCCAAAGUGACUUCCGAUUCUGAAGCUACCAAAAGAUGGGUUCUGCAGCAUGAGUCGGUUGUAUUGAUCAGGAAGAAUUGUACUAUCCAGGGAGGUGGCCUCCGGCCUCAGAGGGUUUUGGUAUAUCAUUACCAUUUUGGUGCAGACGAUUCUGCCCUUGAAAAUGUGUUAGAUACACUUGGCUAA